AUGCUCAGUUUCCUCGGUGCUAGUAGAAUAGAGUUGUGUGCUAAUUUGGUGGAAGGAGGAACAACACCAAGUUUAGGAAUGCUGAAAGUAGUGAAAACUGAAUGUCAUUUGCCAGUAUAUGUUAUGAUCAGACCACGUGGAGGAGAUUUCAGUUACUCAGAUUACGAGAUGGAUGUUAUGAGACAAGAUAAUGUCGUGAAAGCGUGUGGUGCUGAUGGUAUAGUGUUUGAGCUGUCACGACCACUAGAAGUUACCUUCCAUAGAGCAUUCGAUAUGGCUCGGAAUCCAACUAAAGCGUUAGAAGAUAUCAUCAGUUUAAAAUUCAAUAGAGUCCUCACGAGUGGGUGUGACUCGACAGCGCUUGAAGGAGCACCUGUUAUAAAACAAUUGAUAGACCAAGCUAAAGGUAGAAUAAUUAUUGUUCCAGGCGGCGGUAUAAAUGACAGAAACCUGCGAAGAAUUUUAGAACAGACUGGUGCUCAUGAAUUCCAUUGCUCGGCAAGGAAAACGCAAGAUUCAACUAUGAUGUAUCGUAAUACGAAUGUACACAUGGGAGCCGCAUUCCAGCCGCCGGAGUUUGUUAUGAAAUUUACUAACACUGAUUUAGUAGUUAAAUUGAGAGAUCUUGCUUCAAGUGAUAGGUGAUGAGACAUCCUUCAAGACAAGUGUACACCAGUUAAAAUACAAACAAGUGCAGGUUCUAUAGUUGCUUGGGUUCCUUGUAUGUGAUAGCAUUAAUCUUAAGCAAGGGGUUUCAGCAGUUUGUCGCCAUAAACCGAUUUGACAGAUUUUUCUCACCGCAAAUAACUAUACUGAUUCACUGAAACAUCGACCAUUGACGCAACAGAAAAUCAUGAUUGAUAUUGUGAUCUUGAAAAGCAACUAAUUAUAGUUCUGGACAUCGAAUGUCACUGUUGUCUCGCUUGACUUGUGCUGUGUAUAAUUGUGAGUGCGGACACAUGUUGGGACUAUGUUGGCUGAAGAGUUUUUGUGACCAUCUUCCUAUCAUAAUGUGCUCUCCUGAUGUCAACCAUUUUCAACCGAACACAAGCCCCCUAUCCAAGGUUCCCCAAAAUCACAACUGUUAGUUAGUAAAUGAAUCUCAACCAGUGGAUUUAGCCUAAUUUUUAUUGAGUUCGCUGCCUGCUUACCCAGCUAGAGUAGUGGAUCAACCACACAAGGAUUUGAACUUGGGUCUAACAGUGAUCGACCUAAAGAAUUACUUACUGCCACCUACACACUUCAUCUUCUCUGUGAAGGCCUCUCUUCCAGAAGCCAACAAUUCCAUUUUGAUUCAAUCAGGAUCAUUACAAAAUUAGU